CGGCCGGUCAUAGGAUGUGGGGUUACGCAUGGGGCGUGAGAAAAUAAAGUGUGGGAAAGAGUGGGCGUCUCGAUGUAGUAAAACAUUUGAUAUUGUAUGUAUAUAGUGAACACUUGCAUGCGCGCCAGUAGCAGAGAUCAUUUCGUAUUGUUGUUGUGUGCGUGAUAAAUAAGCCGCGAGUUCACGGACCGAAAAGGUUGCAAUGUGUGAGGAAGAGACCGACGAUUGACCGGAGAUCUCGUGGGAAACGACCUUUGUUAUGUACACUGUUAUAUAGAUUAGUUAAACAAAAAAUCUGUUCUGGAAUUUAAUCGCACGCGAUGGGAGUCACUGGGCUGUGGCGCCUAAUUGAGCCCGCCGGCAAACCUGUCCCAGUGGAGACUUUGGAGAACAAGGUUUUGGCUGUGGACAUUUCAAUAUGGUUGCAUCAGAUGGUGAAAGGCUACCAAGAUGCAAAAGGAGCUCCUCUGCCUAAUGCCCAUCUUAUGGGUCUUUUUCAAAGACUUUGCAAAUUACUUUAUUUUAGGAUUAAACCAGUUUUUGUUUUUGAUGGGGCUUUUCCUGAGUUGAAAAAGGAAACCAUUGCUAAACGGCAAGAUAACAAAUCAAAAUACAACUCUCAGUCAGAAAAACUCAAAAGGGAAAUUGCUCUUCUUCUGGGGAAAAAGACUGCAAUUAGUGCUUUGCUAGGCACACAAAUUUCACCAAAGAAAAAUAAACAAGUUGGAGAUGGAGAUGACAUUUUUAAGUUACCAGCACUACCAGAAAAAGAGUUGGAAUCUGAAUCAGAAUCAGAAGAUGAACAAAAUUCAAGUGCAUCAACUGUUGAUUUACAUUCUGUUGAUCUUGAAUCUGAUAAAUUUGUAAACAUGCCUGUGAAAGAAAAGUACGAUUUACUAGUAGAACUUAAAGAAACUAGAAAAAUGAAUUCUUGGGGCAAACUUCACACUUUACCAAAGAAAAGUGAUAAUUUUUCUGAUUUCCAAAUGCAAAGGUUACUGAAAAGAAGAAAACUACAGGAAUGCUUGGAGGAAACAGAAAAAGAAAUGGGGGAUAGUGGAAUGUCUUUAAAUGAGCUAGAAUCAUUACUUAAUGAAGAAGGCAUAGAUACAAAGCUUGAUAGUUUACCUAGUAGGAGAAUUGCUUCUAAUAAUACAACUCGGUAUUUACUUAUCAGUAACGUAAAACAAGCAUUGGAAGAUGCAAAGAAAAAAGAAACAGAAGCCAAAAAUAUCAAAGAACAACCAGGGACAUCUUCAGAACAAGAUAAAGCAUCAAAUGACAAUGAAUUAGAAGAUGACCUACAGAAAGCUAUCAAAAUGUCAUUAGAAUGUGUUGAUGAAGCUGAUACAAGCGCAGGCGCAUCUAAAACAGAUGAUUCGUGGACGUCGUACUUAAGUGAUUCAGAUUAUAGUUACGAUGAAGAUACUGAUGGAUUUGAGCAACCGGACAUUUCAUCAGCAAAAGCAUACAUUUUACAGUAUAGUGAUUUCACAAAUAAAGCAAUAGAUGAUAUUGUUGCAGUAAAACCUAGAGACAGAAAAAAGUCUAAAGCCCCUAAAGUUGAUGACAUAAUAGAAGAACUACAUCAAGAAAAAACAAUUAUUGAGGAUAAUAUAGAAAUAACUUCCAGUGACGAAGAACAGAAUCAAAAUAAUUUAGAUAAAGAAAUAGAAAGGAGCAAAAAUUCGCAAUACAUCGAUUAUGAAAAAUCUGGUUUAAUUAAAAUAAAGAAGGAAAACGAAAGUAUUGAUAUGAAUGAUACACAGUUGUCGGUUAUGUGCAUUGAGAACUCCACUGAAGAGAUUAUUUCACUUGAAACAAGCACAGAGAAUACAGAGGAGCAAAAUAAACAAACAAAAUCAAAUAUCGAAUUCAAUUCUGAAUCCAGUGAAGAUGAUUUUGAAGAAGUAUCUGAUAAUGAAGAUAUAUUAAGAAAACCUACCAUUCAGCUAACACUAAAUAUGGACAAGGAUUUAGAAGAUGAUAUUUUUGCAGAUGUAUUUGAAAAACAUGACAUCGAAUCUAAUUUACUUAACGACUCAGAUGUAUCCAUCCAGUCUACAAAAAAUGAAAAAACUUCCCUUAACAAAUCAAAUAUUGGAGAAAGUUUAGUUACUGCGGAGUUAAAGAAAAAUUUAACUAGUAAAGAGGAAAUUGAGCUGCAAAAUACAAAACUAGUUGAAACUAUGCAAAAUAAAGAAAAGGUAAUCGAUGUAAAGGGUAACGAUGUAUCAGUGAAUAAACAUGUGAAUGAGAUACCGAAAACGUCUAAUUAUAAUUUAGACAAUCAGCGUCCAGACAAUGAACAACUGGCUAACAUUAGUCCAAAAGAAAUUCCAUCAGAAAAUAAUAAUAAAUCGAACAGAGAUGUGAUAACUGUUGAAAAGCUUAAUUCAUUAGCAACUGAAAUUGAAAAUGAGGAAGAAGAACUAUUAAAUGAAAAGGGGCGAUUAGAUCGAAUAGGUCGAAAUAUUACACAGCAAAUGACCAAAGAAGCCCAAGAAUUACUCAGGGUGUUUGGGAUCCCGUAUGUUGUGGCGCCGAUGGAGGCAGAGGCUCAGUGUGCGUUUCUUGAGAACGUAAAAUUAACAGACGGCACUAUUACAGACGAUAGCGACAUUUGGUUAUUUGGCGGGAAAACAGUUUAUAAGAAUUUCUUUAACCAGAAGAAACAUGUUCUACAGUUUCUUAGUGAUAGAAUAGAAAAAUCUUAUAACCUAACUCGAGAACAGUUUGUGUUGCUGGCUCUUCUGGUGGGAAGUGAUUACACAACGGGAGUAACGGGUGUCGGCCCAGUUACUGCUUUAGAGAUUCUUGCUUCAUUUCCAUUUAACAAAAAGAAAUUAUUAUGCGAACAACCUAAGCAAAAUACAUACCAAGAACUAAUUACUGGAUUACAAGAGUUUAAAAAAUGGGUAAAGGCAGGAAAAAGGACAGACAAUAUUAGUCUGAAGAAAAAGCUUAAAAAUAUUCAACUUUCUGAUGACUUUCCUAGUGUUCGGGUCGUACAAGCGUACAUGGACCCAAAUAUUGAAAAGAGUGAGGAAAAGUUCUCUUGGGGUGAAAUAGAUAUAACAAUAUUGAGAGAUUAUACAAAAACUAAAUUUGGCUGGUCCCAAAAUAAAUUAGACGAAAUUAUAAAACCUGUCUUGAAGAGGAUGGUAGAUCGUAAAAGCCAGAAAACUGUUUACGAUUAUUUUAAAAGAAAAUUAGAGUUUCAAUCGUUGGAGGAUCAAAUGAGUAAAAGAGUCAAAGCUGCUGUUCAAAGGCUAGACCCAGAUUCUGCAUUGAAAACUAAUGAAUCUGAAGAGUUGGACAAACAAAACAAACCUAAAAGGAAAAGGAAAACUAAAACCAAUGAUUCCAAUGAAGCAGGGCCUUCAAAAACAAAACUCAUGAAGACAACUACAUCGAAAAAUGAGACCGAAAAUAUUGAACAAGUUGUUAAAUUGACAGUGGUAAAAGAGUCUGAAAAACCAUUUGAUGUUAAGAUACCAAAAAGCGCACGGUAUCAAGAAAUCAUACCGCAAAGAGAAAUGGAUAAGAAACAUUUAUUGGAAAGUAAAUUAAAGGCUAUAGAACUUUUCCGCAAAACGAAAAUUGAUCGUAAAACUAAAAAGACCAAGAGAAAGCUUCCUGUACCUAAAGAUAAAGCUGAGCUUUCGGAAAGUGAUAGUGACUAAUAUACUACGCAAUCGUCGCAUUUUUAUUAUGGAACUAGUGGACGCCCGCAACUUCGUCCGCGUGAAACUCGAUGUAAACUUACACCUUCCCCUACCCUACCCCUACUCCUACCCUACCCCUACCCCUUUUUAAUUUGACACAUUGCGGUUGAUCAUCUUAAUAUUUUAAAGUUAUUUAUUGAGUGCAUUUUGUUUGUAAGGCUGUGAAAUUAGCAUGCGGUAAAAAAUAAAAACCUUUUAUAAAAUAGUCAA